CUCCGCUCCUCCAGGGCUGCUGUCCGGCCAAAACAAAGAUUCCUUCUACAUUUCCUAGCACAAAAAUUCAUUCCAAAUCUUAUUAACAGAGAUGAGAUGAAGGAGGAAACAGAGCUGAUGCCAUUCUGAAGGUGGCAUUGUCCUUAGUGCUGGGGAAACAGCAUCCAGGGACCUGCUCUGAAAGCCAACGCUGGGAUUCAGGGGGCUGACUCUCCCACUGGAUGAAUUUACUCUUCAGUGAUUUUUAAGUGGUUUUGCUGCUGAUUGGAAUUCUGUCCUGAGCUGUUGCAGCCUUGCUGGGCCACCCUGAGCUGCUGCUGGGGAAACAGGAGCCAGGCUGGCUGGGCUGAGCUCCCUGCCCACGCCGUGCUGGAGUGGGAAAUACAAACUAGCACGUGGAAAAGCAAAAUUACAUCUGCAAAACUGAUUUUUGAUGGCUGAAAUCCUUGGUCUGUCUCCAGAUUUCUGUCCCAUCUGGACAGAUCUGACAUCCAGAGCAGAGAAGCAGAGCACUGAUAAAAGGAGUCACUCCCGAUCGGCUCUGGCUGCACAGGAUCGGGAGCCCGGCAGGACAAACGCGGAGCUGUUGGGCCAGCGGGAUGCCAGGCUCCUGUGUCCGAACCCGCCCGGCUUUGAGCUGUGGACGUGUUCCUGCCUAACUCACAGCUGCCACGGAACUCUUUGGGAAGGCAGGGAUUGGAUGCUGAUCUUGGGCAAAAGCACUGUCAGAUCUAAAGCCCAGCCAUGGCUGGAGAUUCCCGGAUCUUCAUGAACCAGGACAUGGACAUUGGGGUCACAUCCCGGGAGCCCAAGAAGAUCCCCAAGCAGGCUCGGGAUGACGUCCCCAUCGCCACGGACAGGACCCGGCUCAUUUCCGCCGAGGGCAAGAAGCCACGGCAGCGCUACAUGGAGAAGAGUGGCAAGUGCAACGUGCACCACGGGAACGUCCAGGAGACCUACCGGUACCUCAGCGACCUCUUCACCACCCUGGUGGACCUCAAGUGGCGCUUCAACCUGCUGGUCUUCACCAUGGUCUACACCAUCACCUGGCUGUUCUUUGGGUUCAUCUGGUGGCUCAUCGCCUACAUCCGGGGAGACCUGGACCACCUGGAAGAUGAGAACUGGAUCCCCUGCGUCGAAAACCUCAGCGGAUUUGUGUCGGCGUUCCUGUUUUCCAUCGAGACCGAGACGACCAUCGGGUACGGCCACAGGGUCAUCACAGAGAAGUGUCCCGAGGGCAUCGUGCUGCUCCUGGUCCAGGCCAUCCUGGGCUCCAUCGUCAACGCCUUCAUGGUGGGAUGCAUGUUCGUCAAGAUCAGCCAACCAAAGAAGAGGGCGGAGACCCUCAUGUUCUCCAACAACGCCGUCAUUUCCAUGAGGGAUGAGAAGCUCUGCCUCAUGUUCCGGGUCGGGGACCUCCGCAAUUCCCACAUUGUCGAGGCUUCCAUUCGAGCCAAACUGAUUAAGUCCAAGCAGACCAAAGAAGGAGAGUUUAUUCCCCUGAAUCAAACGGACAUCAACGUGGGAUUUGACACCGGAGACGACAGGUUGUUCCUGGUGUCCCCUCUCAUCAUCUCACAUGAGAUCAAUGAGAAAAGCCCCUUCUGGGAGAUGUCCCGCACCCAGCUGGAGAAGGAGGAGUUUGAGAUUGUGGUCAUCCUGGAAGGGAUGGUGGAAGCCACAGGCAUGACUUGCCAGGCUCGCAGCUCCUACAUGGACACCGAGGUGCUGUGGGGACACCGCUUCACCCCCGUGCUCACCCUGGAGAAGGAUUUUUACGAGGUGGACUAUAACAGCUUCCACAGCACCUAUGAGACCCACACCCCUGUGUGCUGUGCCAAAGAGCUGGCCCAGUCCCGCCGCGAAGGGCAGCUCCUCAGCCACCUGCCCAAGCUGGGCCGGGACCCAGGGACAGCCAGGGAGGAGGAGGAGGAGGAGGAAGAGGAGGAGGAGGAAGAGGAGGAGGAAGGCAGGGAGCCGGCAGGACUGAGUGGAGCCAACGGGACAGCAGGAGAAGGGAAUGAAGAGGUGCCUGUAUAACCCCGGAGCUGCUGGAGCACAGACACCCACACACCCUGCUGGGACACUGGGCUGGCCAGCCAGGAACCGACUGGGAGCCAGAGCUGCCAUUCGUGUCCAGCUUUGCUGCCUGCUGCUCAUCCUGGGAGUCACUGCACUGCACCGUGCCUCAGUUUCCCUUCCUCCUCCUGAGGCUCUGAGCUUUGCUCUCCUCUGCAAAGCAUCCUGAUCUCCAUGGACAAGGCCCACUCUUCUGAUCACUGUUACAAGCAAAAUUCCCACCACUGGUUCAAAAGGUGUUCAUUGGACGUGCAGAACUCUGCCCCUCUUGUGAGGGUGUUUCACCAGUCCAGAAUGUCCCAUCUCAGUAAGAAGAAUGUGAUUUCAUACCUUCACUUAAUUUGUGAGUCAAUGUAUUGUAGACAUUGUUCCAACUAAAUUAAAAGAAAAGGAAAAAAACCUCUCU